AUGGCAAACUCAAAGUAUGAAUACGUGAAGGCAUUUGAAAGGGAGAAUUACCUACUACAGGAAACUUACAUUGUUAUACGUGUCGAUGGGAAAGGUUUCCACAAGUUUUCACAGCAUUAUAGUUUUGAAAAACCGAAUGAUUUACGGGCGUUGGAGGUUAUGAACAAGGCAGCUCAGAAAGUGAUGCAGAGAUACAGCGAUGUCUUGAUGGCAUAUGGUGACUCAGAUGAGUAUAGUUUCUUAUUACGACGAAGGUGUGAAUUGUAUGAAAGAAGAGAGAUGAAAUUGUGUACCCUUUUUGCUAGCUUGAUGUCGACUUAUUACAUGUUUUAUUGGAAUUUGGAAUUUAAGGACAAGCCAAUUGAAGAGGACAUGAUACCCAUAUUUGAUGCAAGGGCAGUGGUAUAUCCUAACUUUCAAGCUGUAAGAGACUACUUUAGUUGGAGACAAGUUGAUUGUCAUAUUAAUAAUCUCUACAACACAACAUUUUGGAGCUUGGUGAAACUCGGUCUUACACCACAGGAGUCAGAGAAUAAGCUAAUGGGUACAGUAUCAUCCGAUAAAAAUGAGAUCUUAUAUAAAGAAUGUGGAAUAAAUUAUAAUAACGAAUUGGAGAUAUUCAAAAAGGGAACAAUUUUGGUGAGAGAGCUUACAAAUUAUGCACCCAAAGGUGAUCUCAGUUCCAGACAAAAGCAAAGGGAAGAAAAGAGUAGGAGGAAAGCAGAGAUAAAACAAUAUCAUGUAGAUAUAAUCAAUGAUGGCUCAUGGUGGAAGUCACGCCCUUGGUUAACUGAAUAG